AUGAAUCCGCAGCUUCUGCAGUAUCAGGAACAGCUCGACGCUGUUAGGCCGAUGCUGGCAUUGCUGGAGCACCGGCACGAGCUGCUGCAGUUUGAAGGCUGCCUGGCAUUGACGAAUCUCCUGUCCGCCAGCGAGGAGCUUCGGUCGUUUGCCUUGCAAUCUGGAGCCUGGACUAAGUGCAAGGACCUGCUCUUCUCAGAUCACGAGGAGGUGCAGCGUGCCGGCUUGGAGGCCCUGUGCAACCUCACCAUCGCUGAGGAGGCGAAACGAGAAGCUGAAGCCGAAUUCCAAGCAGUUUCAAGCUCUUCACGCUAUCUUCGGGUCAUCUCACCUCAUCGUCAUCUCAGGUCUGCCAAAUCCUUAGCCUUUAGACGGUCAAUCCGCGGCAUUGUGCACCAACCCAAAGGCCCUCAGCGCGCCCCAGAUGAGUCCGAGACCAGAAGCUCCAACGGAUUCGCCAAGAUUCGCAAACUUUCCAGAAACCAGCAGAGGACACGAAUCAAUUCAUGA